CAAUGAUGUUACCGCACACACUUGUCACGCAGAAUUGCCAGAAGAGACGCUGUCAAAUGACUGAAGUGUUUAUAUUACAUUUCUUUACAUUACGAUCUUCAAUUACACAGCCUGAGUGUGUAGUAAUGUCUGUAUGACCUUGUAGUCGGAAACCGCGAACCAGAACAGUAUUCUUCAUGUUAUCAUAGCAACCAUCGCACGUCUUUGUCUGCGGAAGUAGAUUGGUGUUGUUCUCCUAUGUCCCAGUUAAGAGAAUGACUCAAACGUUUUUACCACAAUGGACCAUCAGUUAACAGGUACGAAGAAGUUUUUAGCGAUCUUAUAAGUUAUACAGCGCUAUCAUAAGAAUGAAUAGGGUAUAGCUGCAGUAGACUGUGUAGGGGUCAGUGACCGAGCACAUGCCGGUCAGUAUGUUUGGAUUCGGGCGCCUCUCCGCCGAGGGCAAAGUAGGAAUCGCAUCGGGAGUUGUUUUUUUCUCUAUGCUUAUAUCCAGAACACUAAUCUCAGAGCGGGUUGACAAAAACACUCGUGCUGCGUUGUUUCGCGUCCAGUUUCUCCUUUUCAUCAACUCCCUGCUGCUCCUCGGCUCUCUCUACAUAUGGAAACGCGUGGUGAGGCGGCUGUGCGGAACCAGGGGUGCACUUUCUGUCCCGCAGAGAUGCUGGCGUCUUCUUGUCCUGCUGUUUCUUACUCUGGUGCACGGGAGCUACCUAUGCAUGUUUUUCCUCGUGGACACUGAGCCACACUGGUUAUCGUUGCUGAGUUUCUCCUGUCUGGGCAUUUUUGUCAUCCUACUGUUCUUUCUGUUUGUUUUUGGCUGCCUUAACCGCCUGCGCAGGCUUCUCUCCCGCAGCCGAGGAGGAGAGGAUGCGGUUGCGAACGGAUCAGUCAGCCAUAUAGUGUUGGCAAUGAUAUUAACAGCAAUACUGGCAGCUUAUGGGUUGGUAAAUGCAGCCCAGCCUCCAAGAGUAAUUGAGGUGGAGAUCCCAAUAGAGAAGCUCCCGGAGUCUAUGAAUGGGCUCAGGUUGGUGCUUCUCUCCGACAUACAUCUUGGACCUACAGUAGGCCGCUCCAAACUGCAGCGCAUUGUGACUAUGGUGAAUGAGCUGGACCCAGAUGUGGUGGUGAUUGUCGGUGAUCUGACUGACUCUCAAGUGACACGAUUGAGGAGCGCUGCAGAACCACUGGGACAGAUGAAGGCUCGACUGGGCUCCUAUUUUGCUACGGGCAAUCAUGACUACUACACUGCCGACAUUGAAGGCUGGUUUGAGCUCCUGCGCUCGAUGGGGAUUCAGGCUCUUCAUAACAGCCAUGCAAAAGUUUUCCGUCCUGAACAAACUCAAGACUGGAUUUGCCUUGCUGGCAUUGAUGACCUUGAGGCACGCAUGCUACGAUAUCCUGGCCAUGGCAUGGAUGUUGAGAAAGCUGUUAGCGGCUGCAGUGCAGAGAGCCCUAUUAUUCUUCUUGCACAUCAGCCUCACGCUGCCAAGCAGGCCCUCCAGCAACGGCCAGACAUCAAUCUGGUGCUCUCAGGUCACACACACGCUGGUCAGCUCUUCCCCCUCACCAUCCUGGCAUUCCUGAUGAAUCCAUUUUUCUGUGGACUCUACCGCGUUUCUGAACACACUAUGGUUUACGUGACCCCUGGAACGGGUUAUUAUGGCAUUCCGAUGAGGAUUGCAAGCCGUUCAGAAAUUACAAACAUUAUAUUGAAACGUGCUUGAGAGCGUCACACUGUGCAGUGCAGGAAUCAAACACAAUCUAAUCCAUACAUGUUCAUUACCUCAUCAACCUGCAUGCUAUCACACAAACAGUUAUACAUGUAUUACAUAGUAAUGAAUGCAUAAUUAUGCAUUAUACCAGUCAGAUAUACUACAGCUUGCACUAUAAUUUACUUGAAUCCUGCAACAAGUCUGUUUUACUGUACAGAGAAUGGUUUAGCCAGGUUUUAGUUGUCAUCUAUUUUUUUUUGAGUGUGGUAUUGUAAUUUGCCAAAACUUGCUAAAAAUUCAAGCACUUUAAUAUUCUAAUAUUCGCAUUCCAAAAGUGCCAGGUUUUUUUAAUUACUUUGUAUGUAUUUGUACUGUUUUACUCAGGCCCCCUUUCAUCUAUUUUAAUUAGAGUUCAUGACACAAUCAAAAUUCAGUGCACUGUUUCGACUGUCAAUCAGGGAUUUCAUUAAUCAUUAAUCUGUUGUGAUAACAGUUUUGAUUAAAGGUUAUUACUACGCCAAAG